AUGAAGUUUCUGUCAAUCAUCACGGCAUUGUUGCCACUCGCAACUGCUAAAGUCACCUACGAGGGAUGGAAAAUCUUUCGCGUUGAGACUGAGGGCGCCUAUGAGGCGAUUGAGCCCGCCCUCACGGACAUCGGUACUCUCCUCAACAUUGACAAGGGAUAUAGUGCUGUCACUGUAGCUGUAGCUCCGGAGAAGUUUGGUGCCUUUGAGGCUCUCGGCCUGACCACCACCGUUCUAACUGAAAACUUGGCUGCCGACCUCGAGGUUGAGACUCAUGAGCCCUAUGAAGCUACUGUCAAGACUGAUGAUUUGGAGGCUGCUGCCCUCCCAUCCAUUACUUACUUUAACGCCUACCAUACGCUUGCCGAACACAACCAGUUCCUUGUUGAUCUCCAGGCUGCCUUCCCAAGUAACUCGGCAAUUUACUCCGUCGGUAACUCCUUUGAGGGUCGUGCCAUCCAGGGUAUUCAUCUUUGGGGUACGGGCGGCUCAGGUUCCAAACCAGCUAUUGUCUGGCACGGGAAUGUUCAUGCUCGUGAAUGGAUCACUGGCGUGACUGUCGAGUAUUUGGCAUACAAGAUCGUUGAGCAAUAUCUUGCUGGCGAUUCUACCGUCGUGACUGCCCUCAACAACUAUGACUUUUACAUCACCCCUAUUGUCAACCCUGACGGCUUCGUCUACACAAGCACGGAACGUCUCUGGAGAAAGAACCGCCAAACACGUAGCGGCGUAUCUUGCGUGGGCACCGACAUCAACCGAAACUGGCCUUACCAGUGGACCGGCUCCGGCUCCUCCUCCUCCGCCUGCUCCGAGGUCUAUCGCGGCGCUGCGCAGGGUGAUACUCCUGAGAACAAAGCCCUUCUCGCCCAGCUCGUGUCCCUCAACAACGCUCGGGGUGUCAAAUUUUACCUGGACUGGCACUCAUACAGCCAGCUCGUAUUACUGCCUUACGGUUACAGCUGCAGCGCCACUGCCCCUAACCACUCGACGCAAAUGGCCGCUGCGUCAGGCGUGGCUUCCGCUAUCAGGGCCGUGAACGGGCUCACAUUUACGUACGGACCGACUUGCUCAACCAUUUACCAGGUUAACGGCGGUAGCUUGGAUUAUGUGUCGGCAGUACUGGGUGCGGACUUUUCUUGGUCGAUUGAGAUGAGGCCUUCGUCUUCCAGCAGCAAUGGUUUCGUUAUCCCGGCCUCGAACAUUGUUCCCUCUGGAAAUGAACAGUGGGCUGGUAUGAAGUAUAUGUUCACCCAGCUGUAG